UUUUCAUAAAUCAAUAACAUUCUGCCAACCUCGAUCUUGCGAAAUAAAUGACUCGAGUGGAGUUUGAUCAGAAAAUUACAAGACAAAAUACUAGGCAGAUUAAGUGAGUGGGCGGAACUGUGCCAGAUGCGUAAAUUAAAGUCAUGAGGAAACGUAGCACAUUUUGGAAGUAAGGUUGUUAGAUGGAUAUACAUUCUAAACAGUGACGUACUUGGGAAGAAAAAGUAAUUUCAGGGUUCAGGUUCCGUACAGUACAGUAUUUAAAAACUAUUUCAUAUGCAUUGAAAGAAAUCAAAAGCCUAAGAUCGGCUUUACAAUAAGGGGUCUGAAAUAUGAAAGCAAAGAACAUCUGCUGUGGUUGUUUAGAGCAGUGGUCAGUCAUUAUUUGAAGUAUUGUGUUCAGUUUUAGGUGCUCAACCUUAGGGAGAACAGAAUAGUUUUGGAGGGCAUCAAACAACGAUUCCCCAGAAUAAUACCUGUGAUGAAAGGGUGGAUGUAUCAUGAGAGGUCAGGGGACAUUGCUAAUGGGACAACCAAAAGACCUAUUGCCAAUCACUCGCAUAGCGGAGAACAACAAACUGCCUGUGUGCACCAGGAAGCACCAUUUUCUCAGCAGCUGAUCAAACUGGAAUAUGUUUACUUCAGACCACCCCAAUGGUCAGAGACCCUACCGCCCCUCUACAUUAUAACACCAACGUACACCAGGCCCGUUCAGAAAGCAGAACUGACCAGACUGGCCAACACUUUUCUCCAUGUGCAGAACUUACAUUGGAUUGUGGUGGAAGACACUCCUCGGAGGACCAGCUUAGUAGCGAUACUGCUAGAAAAAAGUGGCCUAAAUUUCACCCAUCUGAAUGUUCUAAGUCCAAAGAGCGUGAAGCUCAGUCUUGCAAAAUCAUCACCUCGUACUCCAAGAGGCACCUUACAGAGGAACCUGGGGCUGCGCUGGCUCAGAGACAAGCUGCCUGCAAACGACUCAACACAGGGGGUGGUCUAUUUUGCUGAUGAUGACAACACAUACAGUUUGGAACUUUUUGAAGAGAUGAGAUUCACGAAAAAGGUUUCAGUGUGGCCUGUCGCAUUUGUUGGUGGCCUACGAUUCGAGUCUCCCAAAUUGAGUCCAACAGGGAAAGUCGUUGGAUGGAAAACAGUCUUCGAUCCAAACAGGCCAUUUGCAAUCGAUAUGGCAGGAUUUGCUAUCAAUGUCAAGUUGAUUCUCAAGAAGCCUUCAGCCAACUUUCAACUGUAUGGAGUCAAAGGAGGGUACCAAGAGAGCAGCCUGCUGCGGGAACUUGUAACAAUGACUGACCUGGAGCCCAAAGCUUCGAAUUGUACUAAAGUCCUGGUGUGGCACACUCGAACAGAAAAGCCAAUCCUAAUAAAUGAGGGGAAAAAUGGAUUUACUGAUCCAAAGAUGGAGGUGUGA